AUGGUGUGUGCGCGGCCAGGAGCAGCGGAGGGCUUUGGGGAGGGGAGGGAAGGAGGGCUUAGAGGCGGCGCGGGGAAGAAGCUGCCCGCCGGGCGGCUUGGGGGUCUCCUCCGCCCCACCGCCCCAAGCCAGGGGCCGCAGGAGAGCUGCGCGGCCGCCCGGCCCGGAUGGUGCCCCUGGCCACCAAGCUGGCGCAACACCUGCGUCUCAGGUAAGAGGGCGGCGCCCCUCGGGGCGGCUCGCCCGGGCGAAGGCGCUCCUCCGCCGGACCCCCAGCCCACCCCCCAGGCGGAAAGCCCCCCGCAGCUGUGCCAAGGCUCCCCGCUCGCCCGCGCCCCGUCCCCAAUGCCCCCCUGCAUUCCCGGGCAGAGGGGCUUCCAGGCGAAGCCCGUCUCCUUUCAUGUCACAUCACCAUUCCUGGGGUGCGUGUGUGUGCGUGGGCGCGUGUACAAGUCACAACUGACGGAUGGGGACCCAACUGCGGGCUUUUCGAGGCAAGGGAUGUCCCGAGGGGGCUGCCCACUGCCGUCCUCCGCCGAGCCGCCCUGCAACGCCUCGGGGUCUGCGUGCCCACCGGGGCUGCCCGGGAUCCGCUCCUUUGCCUGUUUCGCCGCUGACUGUUUUCCUGGGAGGCAGCCCUGCAAAAUCGGGCCGAGGCGAGGGGGCGGCUGCUGUCUGCGACCCAGCGAGAGCGGUGGGCUGUGCCGGGGCGCAGCUGCCAGGACCACCUCUUCCUUGCCGCCCGGCCGGAGGGGAGGACGCCGCUGCCUGGGAAGCGGCAGCCCUUCGGGGCCAUGGGACCGAGCCCCCCGGAGGGUCCCCGUCACCAAGACGGCCGUGCGUCAUAGAGUCCAACUGGCAGAAGGCAGGAAGUGGGACAGCGCCCAGCUCCGCCCCGCGCCCUGCCCGCCUGCCCGGAGCUCAGCCCCGCCGGGGAGGAGCGCCCGGGUGGCGCAGAGGCUGAGCCUGCCGUCCGCGCCGCGGGCUCGGCGAUGCCAUGAGCCGGUGGUCGGGCUCCCGGGGGGUGGUCUUGACGGCCUACCACCCCAGCCAUCCCCCCGCCGCCGGCCCGGCGAGCCGCGCCCAGGGGGGCGCGGAGACGAGGUGAGGGGCUCCCGCGGGGCAGGGCGGCGCCGGGCGGGGGCGAGAGGGGCGCUGCCCUCGGGGCUGCGGGGCUGCGGGGCUGCGGGGCAGGGGCCCGGCGGGGAGGCCACCUGCGCCACGGCAGCAGCGGGCAGUGCCAAGGGGCGGCCUCCCUGCUCUUUGGCAGCGCCGGGGAGGCUUGCCGCCGCCUCCCCGGGCAGGCGCUUCCUUCCAAGGACGGGCUCUGCGGAGCCCUCCUUCCCCUUUCCCAGAUUACAGAAGCGCAGAGGAUACUUGGGGGUCUUGGAGAACAGCCGGAGAUCUGGCCAGUAUACAAUGAACCAUGACGACUCUAAGAAAUCCCCAGGAAAGCCCCCUUACAAUCGCUCAGGUUCUCAGGAUUCACUGGAUGAAUUAUCUAUGGAUGACUACUGGAAAGAACUGGAAAACAUCCACGAAACUGAAGGAAGUAAUCAUGAAGAACAAGAAGUGGCUGUUGUUAAGGAGCCUGAUGAAGGAGAAUUGGAGGAAGAGUGGUUGAAAGAAGCAGGAUUGUCAAACCUCUUUGGUGACGGCGCAGGAGACUCUCAAGAAAGCCUGGUGGUUUUGGCUACACUGACCCGCACUCAGGCGGCAGCCGUGCAGAAGCGAGUGGAGACCGUCACACAGACCAUGAGAAAGAAAAACAAACAGUACCAAGUUCCUGACGUGAGAGAUAUUUUCAAGCAGCAAACUUAUCCAACAGAAAAAGAAACUGGCAGUGAAAACCAACCUGAGAGAACCAGGAAAAGUGAAGAUGCAACACUGGAGGAAGCAAAAGAAGCACAUAGCCACUGUAUUGGAGAAUACAGCCUGAAGGAGAACGUGCCAGUGUCUGAAACGGACAUCGACCUGGAAAUAUCGUUUUCUGAGCAAGCAAGUCUCAAAGAUAACAGGGAUGACGACAUGCUGCUACCUAAUUUCAGACUGCCAAAGGACAAAACGGGCACCACAAAGAUUGGGGACCUUGCCAUUCAAGACAUGAGGAAAAUCCAUUCUUUAGCACUGAUUGAGCUGACUGCACUGUUUGAUGUACUUGGAACAGAAAUGAAGCCACAAAAAGCUAUAAAAAUGAAAAUAAAAGAAUCUGGAAUUUUUGGAGUCCCACUGCCAGUUUUGCUAGAGCAAGAUCAGAAGAGAGUUCCGGGCAUCAAGAUACCCCUAAUCUUUCAAAAACUUAUAUUCCACAUAGAAGAGGGAAAGCUGGGCACAGAAGGCCUUCUUCGAAUACCAGGUGUUGCCACAAGAGUAAAGAGUCUUUGCCAAGAGCUAGAAGCAAAGUUUUAUGAAGGGACUUUCAACUGGGAAACUGUAAAGCAACAUGAUGCAGCAAGUCUUCUAAAACUCUUUAUCCGUGAAUUACCUCAGCCAUUGCUCACUGUGGAGUAUCUCAGGGCUUUCCAGGAUAUACAGAGGCUUCCGACAAAGAAGCAUCAGCUGCAAGCGCUGAAUCUUUUGGUCCUUCUUCUUCCUGAUGGAAACAGAGAUACACUAAAGGCACUGCUUGAAUUUCUUCAAAGGAUAAUUGAUCAUCAGGAUAGCAACAAAAUGACCCUAAAGAAUGUUGCUGUGGUUAUGACUCCUAACCUCUUCAUGUUUCAUGGCAUGGGCUCCAAGACCACAGAGCAAAGCGAGUUUGUUAUGGCAGCUGGGACAGCAAAUGUCAUGCGCUUUAUGAUUAAACAUCAAAAUCUUUUAUGGACAGUACCUACCUUUCUUGUGAACCAAGUGAGAAAACAAAACACUGAAAGUCAGAAGAAGGACAAAAAGGACAAAGCAAUGAAGAAACUGCUGAAAAAAAUGGCUCCUGACCGAGAAAAGCACGAGAAGCAAGACAAAAAUGUCCAUGAUGCCAAAAUCAUCAAUGAUGCUGAUGUUCCUCCGGGAGUAAUACGGGUGCAGGCACCUCAUCUUUCCAAAGUUUCCAUGGCAAUUCAGCUGACAGAGGAACUAAAAGCUGGUGAUGUAGUUGCCAGGUUUCUCAGCCAAAAAAGUGGAACUGUCCGAGAUCUGAAGAAAGAAGAGGUGUUUUUAUAUGAAAUUGGAGGGAAUAUUGGUGAACGCUGCCUUGAUAUUGAUGCCUACAUGAAGGAUUUAUAUCAACUAAACCCAAAUGCCGAGUGGGUUAUAAAAUCUAAAAACUGCUGAAUUCCUGAAUCUUCAGUGGAAGAUAAGCUCUGGACUGUCUUGUCAGACUGUGCGAAAUAAGAUGAUGUGUUGUUUUGAUAUUUAAA